AUGUUAAUAAGGAAUUCAGCCAAAGAUGUGUUCUUUGUACUCAAUUUUUAUAACUUGAUCAAUUUUUGUUCAGCAUUUAUAAACUCUAUACCAGAUGAUCCAUUAAUAAAUAUGUGGCAUGGAAUUGAUUCAGCACCAAUGAUUGUAAGCAGUGGUCCUGAACCUGUACUCGCUUCUUCAUUCAAAACUUGGUCUCCUGUCGGUGGAUGGAUACCUGCUGAUGCCUCUGCUGAAGCUGAUCUCGGUGCAUCAUCAAGCCAUGUGAACUCACAUGAUCACGAGAUGAGUCUCAUUUCCUCACAUCGCCCAGAGGAAUCCGCUAUCCAAUCAUCAGCAACGACCGUCAACCCCUAUGAAUCAAUUAUUAUUCAAACUCUAGAUCAUCUAAAGGAACCCAAAUUAACUCAUAAAGAAAAAGCUGCAGCUUAUGCUCAUCUCAUGGAAAUCUUGAGAGCAGACCCAGAGGUAAAAUCUAUCUUUAUAAAACACGCUACAGAUCCCACUAGAAGUGAUGAAGUUUGGGAAGCUCAAACGCUAUGGAACAUUGCUACUACAGCUAAAUCUAACUAUGAUGAAAUCAAAAGCAUAGAAGAGGUUUAUGGAUUAAAAUCACCUUAUCAAAUCAUAAUCAGAAAGUUUUUUGAUUUAGAUGUAAAUAAUUUAAAUGCUGUAAGUGAUCUUAGAGCUGCAAUUGAUAGAUACUUGGCAAGAAUACCUUUGAGCGGCGAACAUCCUAAAGCUCAAGCGCUCAAUGAGAUUGCCUCUCGCUUGAAAUAUAGUACUUCUCAUGAGAUUCAAGUACCGCACCAUGACACCUCACCAAAAGACACUCCCGAUCAUGAAGAGAUUGAACAAAAACGGCUUGAUCUCGUUAAACUAGCAAAAACUUUAAACCAUGAAAAAAAUUCUAAAGAAGCAGCAUUAGAAUCAAGUAAAAGAAAAGAAUUAAGAGAACAGUAUGUGAACGUUGAAUCACAAUGGGCAUUACUUAGAAAAAAAGUCAAAACUUCGGAAGGCAUGUUUGGAUUAGUAAAACAAAGGUUCUCAAAUUUAAAUCGUGCAAAUCAUUUAGAGGUUCAAGAGUUUAGAGAACAAAUGGAAAGACUACUUGAAAAGGAAAUUGAACGAGUGAAAGCUUGGGAACCAACACAAGGUUGGCAGGAUCUACCAAAGGGUCAACAAUCGACUGUGAUAGAAGAAGCACUUCAUAGAAUCAAUGACCCUACUAUCAGUUUCGGUGAAAGAGGAAUGAUUUACAAGCAACUUUCAAGUUUUGUUGAUCAAAACCCAGAGCUAGUGAAAGAAUUCAACUCAGCCUCUAAACAGAAGGGAAAUCAAGGUUAUCUUACAACUUCACUCAAGGGAAUACUGAUUCGAGAAUUACAGAAUCCACAUGAAACUCAAGAUACUCGUAUAAAUAUCUUACUUAGGAGGUUUAUCGCUCUGAACAAAGGUAGUGCAGAUUCUAUAAACUCUUUACGAGAAGACCUUGAAAGAGUCUUGAUUGAUGACGAAAAACUCAAACGUGGUAAUGAAGUGGAUUCAGAUGACAUGGAUUUUGAACACCUGAUUACUUCAGAAGCAAGUAGUUCUUCUUCACAAAAAACUAAUCUAGCUGAUCAAAAACUAUUGAGUAUUGAUGAUAAGAUUUUAGUACACAAAAUGAAAAAAUUAUUGAUCUCAGAACAUUAUCCUCUCGAAAAAGAACUUGCAAAUCAAGCUGGUCUUACUUCUGAUAAUUUCAUUGGAAAGUAUACAGACCUUCUUAAACAGUCAAUUCUAAAGAAGUUUGAACCAAGCAAGGAUGAGAAUGAAGCUAGCGCAAAUAUCGGAGCUCCACUUCUUUCUCGAAGAGCUCUUCACCUUUGA